CCGCCCCAGUCUUCCCGUGUUUCCUGUCGGAGUCUCUGAGAGCUUCCUGUUCCUGGAAGAGUACCCAUCCCUGCCCCGCCCUCAGAGAGCUUACAGUCUAAUGCCGGGGAGGGCCGGGAUUUAGGGGGUACGUGUUGGGGCCGCUUCCGAGCGACGGCCCUCGCAUUAAAGAGAAACGCGGGGCUGUGGGGGAGAGUUGAGCCUGGAGGAGGCGGAGAGCAGGAAGCUCCGGGGGUGGAAAUGCCCCGAGUUUGUUGAUGGAAUGCCCGAGGCGAGGAGCGGCGAGGAGGCCGGAGGCUCCGGAUCGCAAGGCCGAGCCGGGAGGAUGCGAGGGGCCGGGGCGGCUUGUGGGAGCCCUUGAAGCCCUUCCGGGAGGGCGGCGUGUUUCAUUCUCGAGCUUUUCACAAUGUCCAAGAAAGGAACUAAUGGUAAACAGGAAAAGUCUCCAAGAAAGGACACAUCUCCUUCAUCCAACCUAGAUGAAAAAGAAAAGAAGCAGAAAAAAAUCUCUUCAAAAGCACCAAAUCCUAGUAUCUUGUCUUGUUCCAGAUGUUCAACUUCCUUAGGGAAGAGAAAGUUGAAAUCUGAUGAUACAGAUGUUUUAUACUGUGAUCCAAAAAGAAGAGAAGACCUUCAAAGGUUGGAUGUAGAAACAGGUAUUCAGAAGAAGAAACAAAAAAUCAGUUCUUUUUCAUCUCAAGAACCUGAUAGACAUCAAAAGAAAUCAUGUGAUGAAAGUCAAAGUACUUCUCACAGUCACUCUUUAAGUAAAACUGACAAAGAAAUACAAAAAUAUGAUUUAAAAUAUGAAGAUGUAAAGUUGAAAAGUGAGAACAACCGUGACCUCAAAAGUAAUAAUAGCCUCACGCUUACCAAGAGUGCUCAGUCCCAGGUGGAAUCUCCAACAGGUGAAAGGAAAUGGCCUCAUCAUCUUUCCCAGAAGGAGAAGAUGAAAGGAUGGCAGAAGAGAGAAAAGAUCAUUAAAGUCAAAGAUAAUUUAGGAAAAUCUUCCCUUGAGAAUUACAGCAAAGAUGAAUUUGCCAAGGAAUGUAAUUCUAAAAACUUGAGUAAGGAAACACUUGGACCUGAAAGAUGCAGAAUCAGUUUCAAAGUUGCCACAAAAUCUUCAAGUACUCUUCAAAAGGUGGUACAGGAUAAUGUUUUUAAUUCUAAAUUUCAUAAACCAAAGCCUUCCUGUGAGAAAAAAGAAAGCCUCCCAAAUCCUCCCAGACACAAAGUUAAACUAUCACCAUCAGAUUCUUCAUAUAAAUCAUCUGACCAUGGAGGGAAGUGGAGAGAAAAAGGUCAUCCUGAUCAGUCCAGCCAAAAAAGAAAUGAUUCCCGGCCAGAAGAAACCUUCUUUCCUGCGACAGUAUCGUUAAAACAGAAUUUUGAAGCAACAUGUACUUCAUAUUCAAAUGAUUGUGAUCAGGACACAGAUCAAGAGAUGCAGAUAGUAGAAGAGCUUCAUGCUGCUCGUGUGGGGAAAAGUAUGGAUUUACCUGUGGUACCAGCCUCUGGAGAGCUGACAAGUAUGGAAAUUGACUUGGCUGAAGAUGAUGUGAAUCCUUUUGUUGAGAAUACUGCUUCAGAUAAAAAACUUUUAAUUGUUAUUGACACAAAUAUUCUGAUGAAUCAUCUUAAGUUUCUUGGAAUUUUGAAGACAAUGGAUGUUCCAGGCUUCGAUAGACUUGUAUUGAUAAUUCCCUGGGUGGUUGUGCAAGAACUAGAUCGUAUGAAAGCAGGGAAAUUACUACGGCAUGCACAGCACAAAGCUAUACCUGCGGUUCAUUUUAUUAAUGACUGUCUCAAAAGUCAAGAUGGAAAGUUGUGGGGUCAAUCUAUUCAACUUGCUUCUCAGAAACUUUAUGGAUUGAGUGAUGAAAACAAUGAUGACAGAGUCCUGAAAUGUUGUCUUCAGUAUCAAAAUUUAUUUCCUUGUGCUGUUGUCAUAUUGUGCACGGAUGAUAGAAAUUUAUGCAAUAAAAGCAUAAUAAGUGGUAUAAAAUCACUCAGUAAAGUGGAAUUAAGUGCAGAGUUGCUGAAUCUCAGUCCCAAAUCAGUAACUGUGGACAAUCAACCACAUGUUUCUAAUCAGUACAUCAAAGCAGAUACAAAACCCCAGGAGAAAAGCUGCAAGGGAAAUACUGUAUCAUCUGGAAUGGCCAUUCUACUUGAAAGUAUUAUUUCUGAGCUUGAAAAAUGUCUCGGAACAGCUCUAUCUUCUAUAUUAGAAACAGAAAUGAAAAUUGCUUUUGGAGACCUCUGGCUGGAGAUGGUGUAUUUCAAGCCUCCUUGGACACUUGCAGAUUUAUUACAGUGUUUUAAAAAACACUGGUUAGCUGUUUUUGGUUUAGUUAUGGAGAAGGACUUGCUUAUGACAAUUGAGAGCCUAUAUGAAAGUCUUUGUAAAGCAAAGACAGUGGACUUCACAACAACUAAAUUCCUCCUUCAGGAUUCCAAACAUUUGAUACAUGCUUUUAGUACAAGGUCAAACUAUGAUGGGGUUCUGCCACAGGCCUUUGCUCAGGUGAAUCAAUUGCUUCAAACACUCUCAGAGGUCAAUUCUAAACAUAAGCCAAAUUCUACAGAGUCAAUUGAGUCUUUUUCAAAGAAUGCUGCAUGUAAAAACCAGGAGGAGAAUGCAUUGCUCCAACCCAGUAAUCAGGAGAAUAUAACAGAGUUGAGAACUGAGCUUCCCCAACCCAACAGACAUCAAGAAAUCUGGUCUGUCCUAGAGAAUGUUUGGACCACGAUAUAUACGAACAGCACGGAUGUUUUCCAAAGUUUGGAUUCCAACAAUACGUCGAGCACACCAAAGAUUGCAUCAUUUGAAGAGGCCUUUGUGUAUCUUCAGAAAUUGAUGGCAGCUGUGAAAGAUGUUCUUGCUGGAAUUCAGAGGAUUUUGGCUCCACACAGUUGUUAUCAAGAUAUUGAGACCCUUUAUAACUUCCUAGUGAGUAAUGAGGCAAAUAGAUGUAUCAACUUUACUGCCCAGGAACUUUAUGACUGUGUGUCACAGGCUGAAUAUCGGGAAAAGUUAAAAAUUGGAUGUUGUCAGCUGGCCGAGAUGGAAUACACCAUGCAGCAGUGCAAUGCCUCUGUCUAUAUGGAAGCCAAAAAUCGGGGAUGGUCUGAAGAUAUGCUCAACUACAGGACUUGUUAAAUGUUUUCUUCCUUAAUCCUUUAUGAGUUGGACUAGUUGAAAUAACAGUAUAAUGUAGUUUUUGUUUUGUUGUGGAGUCUUUUGAGCCAAACCCAAAAUUGGAUCAAGAACAGUCCUCAGGUUUUCAUGUUUGACUGCCUUUUGCUGAAACAAACAG